CCAAGCGAUUUCUUUAUUCAGGCUCGUAAGGAACGUGAAGAAAAGAGAAAGAAUUUCGAAGACGACUUGGAACACAAAUACGAACGCAUUAAGAACUCUUUUGAGGAAAAAGAGGAAGAGAUUGAUGAACUUUACUCCGAUUUACAAAUUAAAUUGAACAUUUCUAAAUAAAAAUUGCAGUAUUCGGCUCAAGGAUGUCGAAAGCUAGUAUCGCUGAUACCCGAGUACGAGUGCGACCCUCUCUGCAAUUGUUGGAGCUUAUCGAUCAAAAUAAAGAGAGUAUUACAGAGAUUCCUGAAAACAUUUCAAAUAUUUUAAAAGCGAAAGGUUAUGACAUAAACAAUAAAAUUGAACUUAAAUCAGAUGAAACAAUGAAACUACAAAAAAUCGAUUUAAAACUCCUGCGAAACAUCAAAGAUGACGCAAAAUUUGACAUAUCUAAAACAAAACCUAAAUGGGUAAAUUACUCCAAAGAUAAUGACAUUGAACUUGUAAACUCGUCAGAAUAUUUAUAUUUAUUUGAUCUACAAUGGCUCGCUUUAUGGUUAGCAAAACUACGUAAAGAUAAAGGUUUAAACGUUUUUCUACACAAUAUAUUAGAAGAUUGCGCUCUGGAGUUGCCAAAGAAUGCGAUCAAUGAACGGAACCCGCAGCUUGAGGCACGUUGUCAGCGAUUACGCGAACAACAACAAAAUCAAGAAUACUUAAACAUGACAAAAAAUGUAGACUCAAGCCUUAAGUAUGUACCCGAAGAUACUAUAGCGUAUCAAGUGAAAGCCAUCAAUAGUCAAAUGAUAGCAGUUUUGCAGUUUAUAUUUUCCGUGGCUGCAGGUUUUGUAUUUGGAUUUUUAGGACUGGAACUAAUUUUCGGUGGUUUGGAAUUCGGAUUACGUCUAGUUAUGGGAAUAUUUUGUGCUCUUGUAAUUGGUGUCGCAGAAAUGUAUUUCCUUCUAAAAAAAUUAAAUGAAGAAGAAAAAGCGAUUUCUUCUCUCAAAAAAUCGACUGAACCUGUAAAGAAAAACCAUAAAACAUUGAAGUCACAUAGCGAAUAAUAUUUAUAGUAUAUUGUAUUAAAGUGAACAACAAAUUAAAUUGUCACAUUUUUUGUAUUUUAGGCAGGGCCCGAAAAUAACUCUUAACCGAAAAACUAUAUAUAUAUUGGUUUUUCUGGGAUAUUUAUCUUACUGCGUAGUCACAAAGGUUUCUCUCGGAAAGAUAUAUAAAUGUGAGCAUUAUUUUGGUUGCCCACUGAGAUUUAUAUCUAGUUCAAGAAAUAAAUGUCCUUCAUUGAGAUUAUUUUUUAAUUUCAAGAAAUAAAUGUCCUUCACUGAGA